AUGAACGCCGCCAGGGCUGACUGCGGAGAAGACGGCUUCCACAGCAGCUAUUCCCAAUGCCUGGAGUCUGUCAAGGUGGUUGAAUGCACCAACACGCAAGCGGAAAGCGGCGCCUAUCGCCUAUGCGAGGUAGACCUCGACGUUCAAGCGUACCAACUGCAUUCCCAAGACCUAGAGCUACUGUCCCAACAUACGAGCGAAGAUUCGGAGGACGAGCCACAAGCACGCAUCAUUGCUUUGCCGAACAAAGGGUUGGAUGGUAUCUGGGAGACACUCUUGUUUGAACAGCCAAUCCCGUCCACCCUCCUGCGGGCAAUCAGUCGGAUGGAUUCGGCAGCUAACAUGCCUUCCAGCCGAGCGCUGGCCCAGAAACUGGCAAUUCGGCUCGGAAAGCAGUUCCCCCAAAGCAAGCUUGUCGAAAUCAACGCAAACGCAUUGGGUAGCAGGUUCUUCAGUGAAAGCGGCAAGCUUGUCACAAGAAUGUUCGGCGCCAUCGAGUCACUGCUUGACCAAGAGCCCGAGACCCUGGUAUGUGUCUUCAUCGAUGAAGUGGAGACGCUGACUGCAAAAAGAGAGCAAUCGCUCGUUGGAAAUGACCCGCUAGACGCCAUGCGCGCAGUGAACUCGCUGCUUACCGCGUUAGAUCGGCUGAGACAUCACCCUAACGUCGUGGUGUUCUGCACCAGCAACCUCUUCACGGCUUUGCGUGACCCGAGCAAUCCGGAGUCCGCAUUGGAAUACAUCGCCCAGCCCGCUGAGACCCUCGUGCUCCCUCGAUAUGAAAUGGUGCUGUGGUAUCAACUGUUCCCGGAGUCGAUCCCGAAGCGGCUGGGCGACAUUGCACACGCCAGCGUGGGACUGAGCGGCCGCACGCUGCGGCGACUGCCUGCCCUGUCGCUGGUGCUCACCAAUCACACCGCUUUCCCGCCGCCCAAAAUGCUCGCAACUUCGACUUUCGAACAACAUCUUUCAUCGCUGCGUCUCUGUGCUGCUCUCGCCAUCGCCUCGCGCCGCCCCCCGUCCCUGUCCGAGCCAGUCCUUCGUCAGUGCUGCACUGAUUGGCGGGGUUCCUUGAUCCCACUCACAUUUCACAUCAUGUUGGCCCGGUCGCUCCUGCGAAGCGUGCCCUCCAAGGCUUUCGCUCGACAGUCCUUCCGCCAGACAACCACGCGAUCCUCUUCCUCCAAGGCCAGCUCCGCAUCCGAAUCUCCAUUUUACCUGACUUUGACCGCUUCCGCUGCCACCGCGGCCACACUCGGAGUUGCAGCAUGGUACUACCAUCUCUAUGGGCCCCAGCUGCAAGCAAUGACUCCGGCUGAAGAGGGCCUUCGACGUGGUUUCCAAGUGUACCGUGAAGUUUGCGCGCAGUGCCACUCCCUUACCCGCGUCCCAUGGCGUUCGUUUGUUGGCACCAUGCACACCGUCGAUGAAAUGAAGGCUAUGGCUGAGGAAAAUGAAUAUGACACCGAACCCAACGACCAGGGAGAAAUCGAGAAGCGCCCCGGAAAACUCUCCGAUUAUAUUCCUCCUCCAUACAAGAACGACGAAGCCGCUCGCGCAGCGAAUAACGGUGCAUUGCCACCCGAUCUCAGUUUGAUUGUUAAGGCUAGACAUGGAGGCUGCGAUUACAUCUUCAACUUGUUGACCGGAUACCCCGAUGAGCCACCAGCGGGAGCUAGUGUGCAGGAAGGAUUGAACUUUAACCCUUAUUUCCCCGGAACUGGCAUUGCGAUGGCACGUGUUCUGUUUGACGGUCUUGUCGAGUAUGAAGAUGGAACCCCUGCGACGACCUCCCAAAUGGCCAAGGAUGUGACCGAAUUCCUCAACUGGGCGGCGGAACCGGAGAUGGACGAUCGGAAGAAGAUGGGCCUCAAGACACUCGUCAUUGCCGGAACGCUCUUCGCGAUCAGCGUCUGGGUCAGGAGAUACAAAUGGGCACCAAUCAAGACCCGCCAGAUCGUCUACUCUCCUCCCGUGGGCAAGAAGAGAUAA